UCAAUAUUUCAAGCAAUAGAAAACCAUAAAUCCUUGGUUCCGCCUGUAGUAUAACUUCACCUUUCCUCAUUUACCGAAUCACAUCCGAAUACCCGACCCGACCCGACCCGAAAAAAAUCAAACUUUCCGAUGUCAUCUCCACCACCGGACACCGUCACAACCACCGCCGUCACCGUCAAACCAUGGCCGUCAUUCAUCGAUACCGCCGCCCUAAGCAUCCCAAUCUCAUUCUCCGAUGCAACUUAUCGUAUCAACAAAAACCUCCGUUACUUCGCCGGUAAUUACGCACUAAUCACCCUCAUAAUCCUCUUAAUCUCCUUAAUUACCCGUCCAAUUUCACUCGUGUUAUUCCUAAUCAUCUUUACCGGUUGGAUUUACCUCUACUUCUCACGUAAUAACGAGCCGUUGGAGCUGUUUGGUUACGAUAUUGAUGAUAAGUUCGUGUUAGGGUUUUUGAGUUUGGUUACGUUUGUUGCGUUGUUCGUUGCUAAGAUUUGGAUGAAUAUUGUUGUUUCGAUUGGAUUUGGAGUUGUGAUUUUGUGUGUUCAUGGUGCACUUAGGGCUCCUGAAGAUCAAGAGGAUUCGCCUUAUGGUUCGUUGUUAUCGGAUAGUCCACGAGGGGAUUAUACUAUUGUUUGAAUUUUCAUGAUUGAUGUAGGUAAUCUUAACUUCAUUUGAGUUGGUUAAUGUAACUAGUAUUGUUGAAUUGAUGAAAUUGGAUUUGGUGAAAUCUUCGAAAUGGAGAGAUUUGAAAAUGUGAAAAAUUGCGGAUUUUAUCUUC